CCUUGUUACUCUGCCUUUUGAAUCCCUCUUUCAAUCCUCCUCCUGUCGUUCUCCACGCCCUCAAACUCUCCCCUCUCCUCCGUUCCCUCACCGACUCGUUCACUGUGCCUCUUUGAGAAGAAGGAUGUGGGGUGAUGUGUGCGUGUGGCAUUUGGGGCUUCUGUUUUGGGGGUUAGGAUGGGUGCAUGGACAAAGCCAGACUAACUUCACAAGGCCCAUAUUCCUGUGUGGUGGCCAUUUGGUGUCAGACUCAGGGUUUGUGGCUAGUGAGGGUUUCCCCUCUCAUUACAAACCAAACUCCAAAUGCACCUGGUACAUCACAGUCCCAGAAGGUCAUGUUGUGAUGCUCCAGUUCAGGAUCUUUGAUCUAGAGGCGGAUCCCACCUGCCGCUAUGACUAUGUGGAUGUCUAUAAUGGACACUCAUACACAGUGCAGAAACUGGGCCGGUUCUGUGGGACGUUCCGACCCGGAGCCCUCAUCUCCACGACUAACACCAUGAUGCUGGAGAUGGCGUCUGAUGCCAGCACAGGAGGAAGAGGAUUCCUGGCUUUUUUCAGUGGGGGGAAACCACAUGUUGAUGAGAAUCAGUUCUGUGGUGGCAGACUGACGAAGCCUCAGGGUUCAGUGAAGACACCGAACUGGCCAGAAUCUGAUUACCCAGCAGGCAUCAGCUGCUCUUGGCACAUAUCUGUGGAGCCCAACAUGGUGAUUGAGGUUAAGUUUGAGAAGCUGGACUUGGAAUUAGACACAUACUGUCGUUACGACUACGUGGCCCUGUUCAACGGGGGAGAGACCGAUAACUCUCGUCGUAUUGGCAGAUUCUGUGGAGACACGGUUCCAGAUGUGGUUGUGACCAAUGGAAAUGAGCUGCUGGUGCACUUUGUAUCAGAUCUGAGUGUGACGGCCGCAGGCUUCAUGGCUCACUACAGGAGUAUUCCCCGCAGCUCCCGCACACCCACUGCUGCCCUGGACACAAUACAUGGGCCAAGAGUCGAUACUUCACCUACUAAACCCACUACUCCACCAGCAAGACCUAAACCUAAAACUAAGCCUAGUAGGCCUACAUCAAAAGCUCCCUCAAGACCACCUAAACCCGUACCAGCAAGGCCAACUCCUAAGCCAAGAUCAAAGCCUGCACCCAAGCCCAAACCAGUCAGACCUAGAGUCACACCAAAACCUGCUGUAAAAGUGACACCUAAACCUGCAGUUAGACCUCAACCAAAACCAAAAAGUACUACAGCAAAGCCAAAAGUAAAGCCUGGUGUCAAACCAACAACAAAGCCAAAGACCAAUCCCAUCUCAAAACCUGGGAACAAAACAACAACAAAAGCAGCCUCAGUGGGCAACCCACUGUGUUCCCUACCAUGCAAGAGAAUAGGCACUCUCAUGACCCGCUUCUGCCCCAGUCAUUUUGUGUUGACUGGUAAAGUGACAUCACUGACCCCAGGAUCUCAAGGCAGCGCUGAAGUUGAGGUGUCUGUCAUAAAGGUCUAUAAGGCAGGUAGACUUAAAUUCCGAAAAAGAGGUCCCACCACAUCUGCCACACUGAUAGCUACGUGCAUGAAGUGUCCAGCACUGCGUAAAGGAGUGAACUAUGUGCUGAUGGGCAAGGUGAAUGACGAAGGCCUUGGCAUUCUGACUCCAUCCAGCUUUGCCCUUCAGCAUAAGGCAGUGCACGACAAAGCACUGGCCAACCUCACAAAGAAAACAUGUUGACCUCACAACCACCCUGACCACAGUCCCACUCGGGUUUAUUUUAAUCAUAUCAUCAAAGUCAGACAGGGAAAGGUCAAAUCAAAUGAACUAAAUCCUUAAUUAUGGAUUUUGCAUCUUAAUUAUAUGACUAGAGGCACAAUAUAUGAGUUAAAGUCAAUAUUCUAAUACCAAGAGAACCGGAAAUCCAGAAAUCUGUGGUAUGCAUAUAUGUGUCAUACCACAACCUUUCAGUCAUAUUCAGGGUAUAAAGUACAGGGUACAGGAAAUUUGCCAGUUUAUUAUGUUUGUAUUAGUAGGCUAUUAGGUCUGUUUAAUGUAUUAUGCAAACAUUUUGAUAUGUCAUUGUAUUCGUUAUAAAUUAUAAUGCUCCUUUAAUUAAAGAUUAUGAAACAUGUGAA